AUGGUUGACUUUUUACCGUUCCAUACAAAAAUUUAUAUCAAACGUUAGAAGUAUCAGACAAGAACUCAAGUUUAUCCUCAUUUGUUUUCACUUGGUAUUAAAAUUUGCAUUACAUUGCUAGUCAUCAAUCUGCAAAUAUGCAGAAAUAUGCAAAAUAAAUAAAUCUUAUAUUUAAUAAGGUCUAUGAAAGAGACAAAGGUAUCAAGACUAAUUGAUGUUGCAGCUCAAAAUACCAUAAUGCUCAUCUAAGUAUCAGAUAAUAGCCACUAUGUGAUGCUGAGCCAGCUGAAAAAAAGGUGGGACUCAACUGAUGUCCAGUUUCUUGUUAUCACUAAACAAGAGAUGCAUCCUUUUGUAAUUUAUAUGGGUGUUAAUUGA